GUCAUGUGACUUCAGCAUGGCGGUGUUUGCAGACUUGGACCUGCGAGUGAGCUCCGACCUGAAAGCGCUUCGCGGGCUGGUGGAGAACGCGGCUCACCUUGGCUAUUCGGUUGUUGCCAUCAAUCAUGUUGUUGAAUUUAAGGAAAAGAAACAGGAAAUUGAGAAACCAGUAGCUGUUUCUGAACUCUUCACAACGUUGCCAGUUGUACAGGGAAAAUCAAGACCAAUUAAAAUUUUAACCAGAUUGACAAUUAUUGUUUCGGAUCCAUCUCACUGUAAUGUUUUGAGAGCAACUUCUUCAAGAGUCCGGCUGUAUGAUAUUGUUGCAGUCUUUCCAAAGACAGAGAAACUUUUUCAUGUUGCUUGUACACACUUAGAUGUGGAUUUAGUCUGCAUAACUGUAACAGAGAAACUACCAUUUUACUUCAAAAGACCCCCUGUUAAUGUGGCAAUUGACCGAGGUGUGGGCUUUGAACUUGUCUACAGCCCUGCCAUCAAAGACUCCACAAUGAGAAGGUACACAAUUUCCAAUGCCCUCAAUUUGAUGCAGGUCUGCAAAGGAAAGAAUAUAAUUAUAUCUAGUGCUGCAGAAAAACCUUUAGAAAUAAGAGGCCCGUACGAUGUGGCAAACUUAGGGUUGCUGUUCGGGCUUUCUGAAAGUGAUGCCAAGGCUGCAGUGUCCACCAAUUGCCGAGCUGCCAUUCUGCACGGAGAAACUAGAAAAACUGCUUUUGGAAUCAUUUCCACAGUGAAGAAGCCUCGGUCAUCAGAUGGAGAUGAGGAUUCUCUUCCUGUCUGCAAAAAAGCCAAGUGUGAGGGCUGACAAGACCUUCCUGCCCAGCCUUCAUCCUCACUCCAUUCUUCCUUUUUUACUCCAUUAUCCAUAGACAUUACACUUUGUCAGAUUUACUGUUUUUGCUUGGAACUUAAAAACAGUAGUCUAUAAAAAAAUUUUAUAUUAAGAACCAUUAAAAUAACAAAUUUUAUAUUAAGAACCAUUAAAAUAACAAAUUUUAUAUUAAGAGCCAUUAAAAUAACAAAUAACAAAAACGCUUCACUGGACUCAGUGAAGCGUUUAAAAAACAAUACUGUACUAGUUGGAUGUCAAUAUACUUUUAAAAGAAAAACAGAGUCAAGUUUCUUUUUUUGUGGCAUAAAUAAUAAAACAGCAGUUGUAACUGAAUCUAUUUCAGUAUUUCAGGAGACUAAAAUGUUCCUUUAAUGUUAAAAUGACAAGGUACUUCCAUAAAAAAAUUAAGUAGGAGAAAGGAAUCAAUAAAAAUAAUAAAUCAUGAGCUAUAUGAUUAAAGGGCUCUGCCAGGUUUUCCAGCGCAAACCACCACCACCAGGAACAGUAGCUGCCAAGCGUAAAAUCAGCUCCAUCUUCCUGCUUAUAUGCACUCUGUGCCUCCUCCUGCAAACUCCUCAGAAGAACAUUUAACAUAAUAAUACCCAGCUAGAGGGCCAGAACUGAGACUUGACAGCUACAUGAUUGGAACAACUCCUGAUACGUAGCAUAGCAGACACUGUACAAAUAUUUACUAAUUGUAUUUCCCGUUGCUCAUUGAUUUGUUUGAGCGGGCACCAGUAACGCCUCUCAUUGAGAGACUUAUUUUUACUGUUUUUGGCAUAUCCGGUAUGCACGGGUAGCUUGCCAGGCUCUGCUGCUCGGGCUCGAUACUCUCGGUAGCUUGCCAGGCUCUCCGAGAGGGGCAGAGGAAUCGAACAUGGCUGGGCUGCAUGAAAGGCGAAUGCCCAACUGCUGUGCUAUCGCUCCAGCCCACUAAUUGUAUUAAAUAGUUUAUAUGUUAAAAUUAUAAAAAUUUUAAGAAGUUUCUUAUUUAAAGAUGUGUGCAUUUCUGCCAUUCUUGAUUGAUAGACAUAGCUUUAGUUACUUGAAAACUACUCAAAGAUAAUAUAUUAAGAAUAUAUAAUAUAUAUUAAGAAUAAUAUAUUAAGAAUAUAAUUGAUUUUCUUGGUCUUUAGAUUUUAGUCCAUCUCUUUUUUUUAUUUACACCUCUCAUUAUAUAUUUGUCUAGUCAAAGUUUGUAAAAGGAAUUGUAAAAUCUGUGGAAACAAAAGGAAAGUUCAGGGGAAAUUACAGUUGGCUUCUUCUUGGCUUGCGCUCUCCUCCAUAAUGUCCUUCAGUAGGAUUCCCUCUGUUCAGCCCCCCCCCCCCCCCCGGGAACCUAAAUUGAUUUUCCUAAUUGCUAUGGUAAAAAUUCCAAAGCAUUGGAAGCAGUCACCUUUGGAAAUAAUUUUUUUAGUAGGGUAAUUAUAUUAAAUAAAAGAAUCCCCCCUGUUUUUCCUCAUUGUUUUUGUGGUGUGGAAGCAGUGCCCAGGCUGGGCCAUGUGAGUGAUCGAGGGACCUGCCAUGGUGAUCUGGGCUAGGAAAGGGGUCCCUGGGAUGGAAAGAAUAACAGAUUACAGAGCUACUAGGGAGUGUCCUUGGAAAAGGAGAUUGGUGGGACCUGAGAGAUAGCUAAACCUGCAGAGCUUAUGCCUAGCGUGUGCUCUGCAGGGCCCUGAGUUUGAUCUUGGCACUGCAUGCCCCCUGAGUACUUCUGCAUUACAGAAGGCAGCCCUGGUGACCCCCAACUACUGCAGCAAAAAGAUAAGGGAGGAAGAGAGAGAAGGACAAGGAGACGAUAUGGUGGUUGAAAGGGUGAGGGGAAAAGAAACGUCUAGAACUACUUCCAGGCAUCACUAUAGUUACAAAAAAAAAAAAAAAAACCUCUCUGAGAAAGAGCAUAAGAGAUGAAUUUUGGGUGAAGAACUGAGAUAGCUCAGAAGACAGAACUUAAAAAGGUGAACAAACACCAUUCACAGAAUCUUGGGAUUUUUGCCUGGAGUGUUUCUUUUCCAUUGGUAGAGCUAAGAGUCAGUCUUGUUCUAAUGAAACUUAUUUCAUGUCUCUCCUGGUCUCUACCUCUUUACUAGGGCAGGUGUUGAUAUGUGGCGACACAAAUGUGUUUAUAUUCCUGAUUCUUCUCCCCCUAACUCCUCUCCUCUUUUAUGGGAGGGGGUUUUGUGGAUAUAGAAUUUUAUCAUAUUAUAACACAUCCAAGUUUUGCCAUGGGAGACAUCAGUUCUGUAAAAAAGAAAUGUCUGUUAUAAGUGUUUCACUUGAAAGUCAUUUGAUUGCUGAACUAUUAAGUUUAAAGAGCUGAUGAGUUAGAGCCAGAUCUUUAAAAUGGAGAGAAGCCAGAGCAAUAGUAUAGCAGGUAGGGUGUUUGCCUUGUAUGCGGCUGACCCAAGUGUAAUCCCUCGCACCACAUCUGGUCCCCUGAGCGCUGCCAGAUGCUGCCCCAAAACUAAAAAUAAAGACAAUAGAGGGGUGGCAAGAGGGAACUGUGGGGAAGGGAGAUAACAGAGAAUUAAAUUCCUGUUGUCCAUUGGAAGUACUUGGUCUGUCAUUUUACAUUACCUGAAAAUUUUUUGUAAAAAGCCUCUCUCUGCCACACAAUAUGCCUCCUGGAGUUUUAGAUUCUCAGAGCGCUUUAUUUUUCUUUCAUUGUGCUUAACAUAGAAAUUAGUGUAUUAGUGUGUA